AUGACAGAGAAAUGGUCUGAUCUGCCUCGUGACCUACUCUCACAAAUUGCUAAUGGUUUAGGGCUUAUUGACUUUCUCAGUUUCCGUGGUGUUUGCAAAGAUUGGAACACUGCUUCCUCCCAACUAUCACCAGAUGAUAACGCCAUUCUGUAUGAUCCUUGGUUUCUCCAGUAUGGAGGGGAAGGUUCUGAGUGUUCCUUGGUAAGCGACCAGAACAAGUGUUACACCAUCAACCUUCCAGAACUUGAUGGAGCAACGUGCCUUGCAUCAUAUGAAGGGUGGUUGCUUCUCUUUGUUGAUGAGUCAUUGUUCUUCUUUUCCCCUUUCUCCAAAGCAAGAAUAGAGCUUCCAAGUUGUCCUUUAAAUGACGUAUCUGAUCAUGUUGGAGCUUUUUCGGCAGUCCCCACUUCUGAAGAUUGCAUGGUUGUGCUGCUUGACAGUAGCAGUGAUACAGAAUUACGUCUGUUCAUUCUUCGCAGAGGAGAAAAUGAAUGGGGUCAUAGUUGCUUUUCGGGUUACAAGUUUAGUAAAAUAACAACAGCUUUGUUUUAUGAAAACAAAGAAUUUCAUUUUUUGGAUGGAGAUAGUGGUUUGGUUACUUUCAACCCUUCUACUCCAACCAAACAAUGGAACAAGUUGUACAUGCGUAUGUCCACAGACAAAUCUUCUCCGUCUACAUUGUUGAAUUAUAUGAUACGUAAGAAUACUCUUCAAAUGAAGCAUGAUAGGAGAGAAAUAGGAUUAUUGAAUGCAAAUGAUUCAAUUUCUACAUGUGGGACUGUAGUUCCACACUUCAGUGGUCUAUGUGAUUGGAUAAUUCGGAGUGAAUGCAUUGAGGCAAAAACUCAGCCAGAAAGCCGUCGUCUUAAAGGAGUAUGGAUCCAGCCCAGAUAUAUUUAUGUUUCUCCCACCCAAACGUGGUAA